UUCUCUGCUUUCUCCAACCCCCCUUCUCUCUCAUCUUUCUUCUGGAGAAGCAUUGCACUGAAGAGAGAGAGAGAGAGAGAGAGAGCGAGAGAACUAGAGCUUUUCUCCAUUUGAUCUCUAUGCGCUGAAGAGGUUAACAAAAAAGGAAACAAAGAGAACAAAGGGAACGGUUGUUAGUGCUGUUUUGCACACUUGCCCAGUUAAAAAUGUUCGAUUUAGCAAGAUUCCAACUAAUUUCACACUGGAAAGAAUGGUUGCAGACGAGUUCCCCAUGCUUUUGGAACGGCAUUUUUAUACUCCUUGAUCUCUUGUUCCUCAUUGUUUUUUCAGCUCAGUUCAUAUUUAAAAUAAUUCUUAAACAUAACGCAAGAAAAUCAAAAAACCUGGAGGAAGAACCAAAAAGCUUAGUAGGAAAAGCUAUUCCUGGAAGCAUAAGAGUGGGAAAAUCAUAUCAAACCAGCAAAUGGUGUUGCUCAUUGAUUCUGGUUUGUCAAAUUCUGGAGCUCAUAUUGUUGUCAUCAAAAGGGUCUGAAGUUCAAUGUGAACUCUCAGUAUUAGUUUUGUCUGAAAUAAUGAAGGCGCUAUCAUGCAUCGUUAUGCUAGUAGCCAUUUUCAGUUUUCGGAUAAAAGCUACCAUCAAAAUCCCAUGGACAAUUAGAUUAUUGUGCUCAAGCAUCUUCCUCCAGUCCGCAACCAGCUUAGUUUUCAAACUCCAGUUUAUCCUUUCACGCAAGCUGAACAUCGGAGCAGAAGAAAUUUUAAAUAUGAUAUCUCUUGUUUUCUGCAUGAGCCUAACAGCAAUAACAAUCAGGGGGCAAACAGGGAUCAGCUUAACCUCAAGUAGUGUAACAGAACCGCUGCUGAAUGGUUCGGUGGAAAAGCAAACUGAAACGAAAAGAGAAUGCCCAUAUGGGAGAGCAAGUCUUUCUGAACUCGUUACUUUCUCCUGGCUCAACCCAUUAUUUUCCAUUGGAAUCAGGAAACCACUGGAACAGCAUGAAGUGCCUGAUAUUGAUGUAAAAGACUCUGCGGAGUUCCUAUCACAUUCUUUUGAUAAAUGUCUCGAAGAAGUGAAAGAGAAGUAUGGAUGGACGAACUCAUCUGUUUACAGGGCGAUGUUCUUAUUAAUCCGAAAGAAGGCUGUAAUCAAUGCAUCUUUUGCAAUCGUAAGCGCUGCUGCUUCCUAUGUUGGACCUUCAUUGAUAAAUGAUUUUGUAAGUUUCUUAGGAGGGAAGCGGAAUCACAGACUACAGAAUGGAUACAUUCUUGCACUGGCAUUUCUUAGUGCCAAGUUUGUGGAGACUGUGACUCAAAGACAAUGGAUUUUUGGAGCUCGACAGCUUGGUCUGCGUCUGAGGGCAGCUUUGAUUUCUCACAUUUAUCAAAAAGGAAUUCAUCUAUCAAAUCAAUCUCGACAGAGUCAUACUAGUGGGGAGAUUAUCAACUAUAUGAGUGUUGACAUCCAAAGAAUCACAGAUAUUAUGUGGUAUGCAAACGUUAUAUGGAUGCUUCCCAUUCAGAUCUUGCUAGCAAUUAAUGUGCUUCAUAAAAAUCUGGGCCUUGGGGCCUUCGCUGGAUUAGCAGCUACAUUCCUUAUAAUGGCAGUGAAUAUUCCACUUACACAACGGCAGAAGACAUUUCAGUCCAAAAUUAUGGAAGCCAAAGAUGAUAGAAUGAAAUCAACCGCAGAGGUUCUCAGGAACAUGAAGAUUCUCAAGCUUCAAGCAUGGGACACGCAGUACCUUCUCAAACUAGAAAACUUGCGUAAAAUUGAAUGUGACUGGCUGUGGAAAUCUCUUAGACUUCAAGCAACUUCUGCUUUUAUUUUCUGGGGUGCACCAACAUUCAUCUCAGGAAUCACUUUCGGGGCAUGCAUAAUGAUGGGAAUCCCUCUAACAGCGGGGAGAGUUUUGUCUGCAUUGGCAACAUUCCGAAUGCUACAAGAUCCCAUUUUCAACCUUCCUGAUGUGCUUUCAGCAUUAGCCCAGGCAAAAGUUUCUGCUGACAGGAUAGCUUCCUACCUAAAGGAAGAUGAAAUAAAAUCUUAUGCAGUAGAAGUCAUUCCCAAAAAUGAAACAGAGCUUGACGUUGAAAUAGAAGAAGGGAUGUUCAGCUGGAACUUGGAAUCUGAAUCUCCAACGCUUCAAAAUAUACAGUUGAGAGUAAGAAGAGGGAUGAAAGUAGCUAUAUGUGGGUCAGUUGGUUCAGGGAAGUCUAGUCUAAUAUCAUCCAUUCUUGGAGAGAUACCAAAACUGGGAGGGAGAGUAAAAAUAAGUGGCAGCAAAGCAUAUGUUCCUCAGUCCCCCUGGAUAUUAACUGGCAAUAUAAGGGAAAAUAUUCUAUUUGGAAAUCCAUAUGACCAUGAUAAGUAUGAAACAACUAUCAAGGCCUGUGCUUUAACAAAGGAUUUUGAGCUCUUCGCCAGUGGAGAUCUAACAGAGAUUGGAGAACGAGGAAUCAAUAUGAGUGGUGGUCAGAAGCAGCGAAUACAAAUUGCAAGAGCAGUUUAUCAGGAUGCUGACAUAUACCUUCUUGAUGAUCCUUUCAGUGCUGUGGAUGCUCACACAGGAAACCAACUAUUUAAGGAAUGCCUUAUGGGGAUUCUAAAAGACAAGACUAUUUUCUAUGUUACCCACCAAGUGGAGUUUCUUCCAACAGCAGACCUUAUCCUGGUGAUGCACAAUGGAAGGACAGCACAGGCUGGAAGUUUUGAUGAGCUUUUGGGCCAAAAGACAGGAUUUGAGGUUUUAGUAGGGGCUCAUAACCAAGCUCUUCAGUCAAUCUUCAAUGCAGAAAACUCAAGCAGAAGUUUUCAAACUGAAGAUGGUAGUACAGAAAGAAACUCAACAACUGGUGAAUGUGAUUUAGAAAAUUCUGAAGACACUCAGCUGCAAAGUAUUGAAAAGCAAGAGUCUGCUCAGGAUAUUUCUCAAGAUGUUGCUGAACGAGGAAGAUUGACACAAGAAGAGGAAAGAGAGAAAGGAAGUAUUGGUAAAGAGGUUUAUUGGUCAUACCUGACUGCUGUGAGACGUGGGGCUUUAAUUCCAGUCGUAAUCACAGCACAAUCACUCUUCCAGAUACUACAAGUGGCAAGUAACUACUGGAUGGCAUGGGCUUCCCCUCCAACAACAGAUGAGCCGGAAAAAAUAGGAACAAGUUUACUUUUCACAGUAUAUAUAAUUAUGUCACUUGGAAGCGCAAUUUGUGUGCUGGUACGGGCAAUGUUAGUAGCAAUAGUUGGUCUUUUGACAUCACAAAAGCUUUUCAAAGGAAUGCUUCACUCUCUGCUUCGUGCACCAAUGUCCUUUUUCGAUUCAACACCAACAGGACGAAUCUUAAACAGGGCCUCAACAGACCAAAGUGUGCUAGACUUGGAGAUAGCAGGAAGAUUAGGAUGGUGUGCCUUUUCAGUAAUACAGAUCCUUGGGACCAUAGCAGUUAUGUCACAAGUUGCAUGGCCAGUUUUUGUUCUAUUCAUCCCAGUGACAGGCAUAUGCUUCCGGUGUCAGCGAUAUUACAUACCAACAGCAAGAGAACUUGCUCGACUGUCAGGAAUCCAAAGGGCUCCAAUCCUUCAUCAUUUUGCAGAAUCUCUUGCGGGAGCUGCAACUAUCAGGGCAUUUGGACAAGAAGACCGCUUUACAAAUGCAAACCUCAUUCUUAUUGACAAUCACUCAAGGCCAUGGUUCCACAAUGUAUCUUCAAUGGAAUGGCUUUCAUUCAGAUUGAAUAUGCUUUCCAAUUUUGUAUUUGCGUUCUCUCUAAUUUUGCUUGUAAGCCUUCCUGAAGGAUUUAUCAAUCCAAGUAUUGCAGGAUUGGCAGUCACUUAUGGUCUUAGUCUCAAUUCCCAGCUGGCAUCUAUCAUCUGGAACAUUUGUAAUGCUGAAAAUAAAAUGAUCUCAGUAGAAAGAAUUCUGCAAUACUCACGGAUCCCCAGUGAAGCUCCUUUGUUGAUAGAAGAAAACCAACCACGACAAAAUUGGCCAGAAACUGGAAAUAUAAGAUUUAUAAACUUGCAGGUUAGAUAUGCGGAGCACUUGCCAUCAGUCUUAAAAGAUAUCACAUGUACAAUACCAGGUCGGAAGAAGGUUGGUGUGGUAGGAAGAACAGGAAGUGGGAAAUCAACUCUAAUCCAGGCACUUUUCCGCAUUGUUGAACCCAGAGAAGGCUUCAUCUUAAUUGAUGGUGUGGACAUCUGCAAGAUAGGUCUUCAUGAUUUGCGGUCGAGGUUGAGCAUCAUUCCUCAGGAUCCAACAUUGUUUGAGGGGACAGUAAGAGGAAACUUUGACCCAUUGAGGCAGUACUCGGAUCAAAAAAUAUGGGAGGUAUUGGACAAGUGUCAGCUUGGUGAAGUGAUACGCAGCAACGACAAGAAGAUAGAUUCAACAGUUAUUGAAAAUGGAGAGAAUUGGAGUGUUGGGCAGCGACAGUUGUUUUGCCUGGGAAGAGCCUUGCUCAAGAGGAGCAGUAUUCUUGUUCUUGAUGAAGCAACAGCUUCUGUGGACUCUGCUACAGACGGAAUCUUACAAGAGACCAUUCGCCAAGAAUUCAAUGAAUGCACUGUAGUUACCAUAGCUCAUAGAAUUCACACUGUCAUUGAUAGUGAUCUCAUUUUGGUUCUUAGUGAUGGAAGAGUUUUGGAAUAUGACACACCAGCAAAGCUACUUGAAAGGGAAGACUCGUCAUUCUCAAGGCUCAUAAAGGAGUAUUCAAUAAAAUCGCAGAGAUAUAACAGACAUUCUACCAUUCAAGGUUCAAAGGAAAUCCCUUUGGAUAUCUGAACUCAGCUGAUGAAUAAUGCUCAUUAAGGUGAAGAAGACGAUGACCAUCAACAACAUUAAUAAUAAAGUAACUCCUUUUCAAGAGCAUGAAGAUUGAAUCAAUGACGACCAUGGAUAUGAGCAUCCAGGUCAAGAACAAAUCUUGGUUGAACUGUAUUAAACUAAAAUACACUGAGAAAUGGACCUAAGGGUCAGGAGGUUUCUAAUGCAUUACUUAUUUGGUAGACCAUAAGAAAUCUUUAUUUGAAUCUUUAUUUGGUUAGCGGCGCUAAAGCCUACAGCAGCAUGUACUAGCCAAGAAAAAAGCAUUCAUAAAUUUUAAAACAGAAUUAAAAAUUUUGUAAACAUCCAUUUCGCCAGAGGCAUGCAUACUUCAAAUUCUUCAUAACCAACUUAUAUUUUUGCUUCUUC